AUGUUCCGGCAACAACAAAGUAUUGGAGUUGGCGUUAAUAAUGCAGCUAUUGGUGGUGAUAGCCUAUAUAAUCAGCAUCAGCAACAACAGCGACAACAAAGCGUUGUUAUUGGCGGUGAUGACCCGAACCAGAAUAUGCAUAAUCAGCAACAGCAACAACAACAACCUGCAUCAUUAAAUAAUUCAUUACAGGAAAUUAAUAUUCCACCCACCGAGCUAUUAAAUCAGCCAAACUUAACAGAAAUGACAGAAAUGAAGAACAGCGUUAAUAAUAACAGUACUAACCAUAAUGCGAAUAACAUUCAUAAUGCAAACAGCAUUUACAUCAACAAUAAUGCCAGAAAUAUUUUAUCAGAAAAUGGACAACCCAAUACAAUCUCUGAUACAAAUCCAUUCAGAAGUGUCGUCCCACCCCCACCAGAUAAUAUUAUUUGCCAUGAACAUUGUGGAUUAGAGUUUAUUAGUGCGAAGGGUUCGUCGGGUUUUGGUCAUUGUUGGUGUAUGGGUCCGAAUAAAGUGUGUAGAAUAUGUGGGUGCGGACCUGUAAGCCAUUUCCACGACAAAAUCAAAUUAACAACCGAAACCCAAACCAUCGAUCAAGUUCUCGAAGACAUGAAAGCACAAUACGAUAUUGCCGAUCAAAAACACCGAAAAAUUAGUGCCAAUACAAACACCUACCAAUCCACAUUAAAAAGUCUCGAAGCGGCAGCUGACGACAAAUACCGUGAAAUCCACAAACUCUGUAUCGAUCUAAGCAAGGUUUGUAGUCGUUUUAAUUUUGUCGACGAAUUACAUGCAAAUAUCGAGAAUAUGAAACAGGAUGCACGCGCGAUGCAAAACAAUGAUAUGCGAAAUAAAGCCGAGAUGGAAAUUAGGAAACUUGAAAAGAUGGCGAAUGAUUUGUCGGCAAAACAGAUGAAAUGA